AUCGGACUAAUCAGUGAUUAGUGUGUUGCAAAGAAGUAGUUAAAAUUAAGUAAGAAUUUUAAAUGUUUGAAAAGUUUUUCUUAACAUUUAGUUAUGAUGUCCUUACGGGUGUUUGAGAGCGCAUUUUUAGUUUUAUUAUGACUUGAAAAAAUUGUUGCUUUGUUGAUUCAAGAUUAUUUUUUAUAGAAUAUAACUUAAAGAAAUAUGUCUGAAAAGCCGUUAGAUUGCCAUCAAACAAAAUUUCAUAGGUUUCAUGGUUACAACUUGAGUCUACACGAACAUGAUACUGUAGCUCAUCGAGAAAUGAGUUUUGCGAAUGCCAUAGUUUUUAGCGAAAGAUCUCUAUCCCCAGGUGAGGUAUUUUUAAUUGAAAUUGAAAGUAGUGAGAAUGGCUGGUCUGGCCAUAUACGUUUGGGUCUUACUCAACUAGACCCAGAUGCUUUACAACAUAGUGGACAUCUUCUACCUCAGUGCGCAAUUCCAGAUAUGGUUUCAAAUAAAGCUUUGGGUGAAUCGUGGGUUUGCGCUCUUACAAAACAUCAAGCAUGGUAUGAAGCUAAUUAUUUGACCCAAUACUUCCGCUUAGAUGGUAAUCAUAUAUACACAUCACGUGGUACAUUUCCCACCAGUAUCUUAAGGCCUUCGAAUGGAAAUAAAAUGGAUAUAUUACCAACAGACGUUGGAAGUCGUGUCGGAGUUGUGUAUUUACCUUGUGGCCAAAAUAUGGCCAUUAUGCAUUUUAUUAUUAAUGGAGAAUUUGUUGUACCACUUUCAAGAAGCAUUCCAUAUAAUGAUUGUCCUAUUAGAGCAGUAAUCGAUGUUUAUGGUGCUACUAAAAGAGUCCGUAUUAUCCAAGUUUAUAAUGUAAAUUCAUUACAAAGUGCAUGCAGAGAAACCAUUUUGAAAAAUAUAAAAGCAGCAUCAGUAUCAAAAUUACCUUUACCAAAUGCACUAAAAGAAUAUCUUUUGUAUAAGACUUAAUGAAAUUAUAAUUAUAUGUAGCCUCUCAAUUUAAUUUAUAUUAUUAAUUUAUCUUUACUGAAACAUUUUAUGUUUGUAAAUGUUUUUCAACUCUUUAUUAUUAUUUUUGUUUUAUGU